AGGGAAUCGGUUGCAGAGACUGCAAGAUCUUGAUGCAAUAAGCUAUCGUGGUUCAAGGCCCAGCAAUCGACUUGGCCGAGGUAGGGGGAGUCAAGAGUCUAUCCUUGACCGGUCCGUUCCUCCUUUAGAAACGCCGUCCGCAAUGCCUCUGGAGCUGGGUCACGAUCAUGAAUUGGACAGGUUGAGAGUCAAGCGCAGGAAGCUUGAUUCGGAUGAUAAUCGAGAAGGACUACAAAACUUAAGGUAUGGUCAAUUUGGCCAAGUCGUGCCGGGGACUCUGAAAAUGGAGUUGGCCAGUUGUGAUGGAGGCACAUAUCCGCCCGUUUGCGAAACGUCGGGGCCGGAGAACAUUCUUCGGGAUGACUCGUCCGUGUAUUGUACAAAAUCAGACCGCUGUAAUCUGAUUCUAAAACACUGCGGGGAGGCACCGUUCUGUUUGAGGAAGCUUGUUAUCAAAGCGCCAAAGUCCGGCUAUGACGCUCCGAUUCAAGCAGGGAUGGUCUUUAUCUCUAUGUCAGCUGAUGAACUUCUCGCUCGCACCGCUCAAUAUCAGAUUCAAUACGCUAGUUCCCGGAGCCGCCGCGGCCGUCGACGCAGCGGAAUGCAACCUUCCGAAGAAUAUUUGAACUCAUAUCGAACUCCGUUACAAACUCUUGAGCGGGCGACCUUGGCCGGAUUUGACUGCCCUUCUGAUUCGGACACGGACGCCAGUGAAUUUCUUGGUGCUUCCUCAAGUUCGAAUGCGGACCAGUCGCCCCAGUUUCGCGUGAUCACAGAGUAUGAUGAGCGCUCUGAUGGUACUCAGCUUGACAGAGUGGAAGACAGCUUUCUCGAAUCCCAAACUUCGGAACCAGGGGGGCCGGACGAAUUGAGAGCACUGCAUCCGAUGUACCCGAUUGAAGAGGAUUUUCUUUGCUCAGAUACCGAGGACAGCAGCAGUGGUGAGGAUGAAAGCGCUGAAACUCGUUCCUAUAACUCACGACGGCGAGAACUGCAACGGCAGGUACGCGCUAUGCGUCGUCAGUACGCCAUGGAACAUGACGAUUCACCCAGGGGACAUAGCACAAUACAAUCGACCUUGCUCAUCCCGCCGUCGGUGCCGCGUUCUGGACCAACUGCACGUCCUUCAAGCGGUGGAUUGAUGAGACCUCUUGCUCAGUUCUUUAUCAAGCGACCCAAAAGUAGCGUCAGCCUCAAGUUCGAUCCUCCUCCGUCUGGUCGUUACAUUUUGAUCAAACUCUGGAGUCCAUACCAUGCAGGCAACAUAGACAUUCAGAGUGUCACCGCCCAUGGCUAUGCUGGACCCAGGUUUUUCCCUGCCGUCGGGCCCAGAUGA